AUGAAUUCAUCGACGGAAUCCAGUUCAUCCGAAGAAGAACAGCGUAGACGCAGCAAGAAGAAGAAGUAUUCGACCACAAAGAAGCUUGUGAAAGAGAUGAAAAAGCUAAAAAAGAAACUUAAAAAAGUUCGACGCCAUUCCCGCAAGAGAACGAGUUCGUCCUCAUCGUCAACCACAGGUAGUGACUACAAUCGAAGCCGCUCGCGAUCCGUAAGCCCCAUAGAGAGCGUAUCCCGAGAGGAACGUCGCAAAGUAGGGGUCCUGGUGGAGAGCGUAUUCUGCGAGAAACGUCCCACGACAAGGAUAGGCGAGGUCGCGACUUUCGUAGUUCAAGUCGCAUGUGCGUCAUAUGGUUCUCGUAGUCGGUCCAGGUCCAGGACUCGUGAUGAACGCCAAAAUGGACCUCCGAAGGACAUAAGGCUCGAAAAUAGUAGAGUCGAUAAAUUAUCGACUAACGGAACCAAUAAAACAGCGACAAAAGAUGCCGAGAAAUUACCGACAAAAAACGAAGAAGAGCUUCUGAAGUUGUUAGGAGAUGGCGCUGCCGAUGAAAUAACAUAUGGCAAGGCUAUUCAUAAUAAUAUAGCUGGAAUGUGGUCAAAAAUCCUGGAAUCAGGUCUCCCGAAGGACGCGAAAACAAAAUUAAUUAAAAAAUUUCAACCGGCGGAAAAUUGCCCCACGAUGGGAGCACCCAAACUAAAUCCCGAAAUUAAAUCGGUUAUGAGCUCUUCGGCAAUUAAAAAAGACCAAUAUCAAGUAGCUGCACAAAUUCAGCUCGGAGCAGCCACUAGUGCUGUCGGUGAAGUCCUCACAACGUUACUUGAAGCCAAGAAAAUAGAUGACAAGGAAAUUUCUAAUGUUUUUGAAAUAAUGUCUGAUGUAGGUAAGAUUUUAACAGACUUGCAGCACACUCUAUCUCUUACUCGUAGGUCAUUCAUCACACCGUCAUUCAGUCUACGACUAAAAACAAUUGCUGAUGAAACUGGUGUGGACACCUGGUUAUUUGGCAACACGCUUGGCGAAAAAUUGAAAUCGGCCAAAGAGUGUGAAAAAACUGGCAAAGACAUCACGAAGCAUCUUCCCGGCAAUUCGAAGGGAGUCUCAACCAAUAAGGAAAAACAUCCUGAGACGUUUUUUACAAAGACUCAUUUAAACUGGAAAGCCCCCGCCAAGAAGAACUCAGCACACUCGAACUCCAAGAGGGGGGGCGUCAACCAUCUCGGUACCAGCGACAACAGCCAUACCAUCGGAAACAUUAGAGGGUAUAAUAUACCGUUCAGCAGUCUGCCCUUUCAAGGAGCAAUUGCAUUUUCACCCUCGCUAUCAGCUGAGAAAGAAAUAAAAACACUGAAAGCAAUUCAAAACCUUAUAAAACUUGCUGCUGUCACUCGAUGUCAACCAUGUGAAGGGCAAUUCUUGUCUUCCUAUUUUUUGAGGCCAAAAUCAAACGGGGACGACCGCUUUAUUCUUAAUCUGAAAAAAUUGAAUGAGUUUAUUUCAACCUCUCAUUUUAAAUUAGAGGAUAUGAAAACAGCUCUUCGACUUUUAAACAGAGAUUACCACAUGGCAGUCAUGGACCUCACUGACGCAUACCUCAUGGUCCCCGUAACUGAGGAACAUCGUAAGUUUCUACGUUUUAUUUUCAGGGGAGAAACGUUUGAGUUCCAGUGCCUUCCGUUUGGUCUCUGUACCGCCCCGUUCGUUUUUACAAAACUACUUAAACCUGUAAUUCAAAAACUUAGAAGCCAGGGCAUCAUAAUGGUCGUGUAUUUAGACGACAUUCUUAUUAUAGCAAGGUCGAAAGACGAAUGUUAUAGACACAUCUCAGUUACACGUCAAUUAUUAGAAUCUUUAGGCUUUAUCAUAAGCGAAAAGAAAAGCCAACUUGAGCCAAGUCAACGAUGUACAUUCUUGGGUUUUAUUCUCGACAGUAGGAAGUUCCGAUUAGAAUUAACGGAAAAUAAACGAAUUUCCAUUUUUCAGCAUGUGUCAAAGUUCCUGAACAAUCCAAAUUGCAAAAUUGAGGAAUUAGCUCAACUCAUCGGUUCGCUGGUAGCAGCUUGUCCUGCAGUCAAGUAUGGAUGGCUGUACACCAAAAGAUUAGAACGAGAGAAAUUUCUAUCUCUCGCAAAAUCGAACAAUAAUUACAGAGCUAACAUUACUCUCUCAAAUAUCGUUAAAUCGGACCUUGAGUGGUGGUUGCGGAAAAGUUCAGAAUCUCACAACCCAAUCAGAGAACUGAGAUUUAAAAGAGAAGUUUUCACGGAUGCUUCUCUGUCAGGCUGGGGAGCUUUCUGCGAAGGAGAAAAAGCUCAUGGCUUGUGGAAUGAUCAGGAACGUAAGCUCCAUAUAAACUCUCUUGAACUUUUAGCUGCCUUCAUGGGCCUGAAAUGUUUUGUCGAAACUGACCGCAGUUGCGAAAUUUUAUUACGGAUGGACAAUAAAACUUCCAUCGCGUAUGUGAAUAAAAUGGGGGGCAUUCAAUACCCAAGACUGACACAGCUUUCUCGACAAAUAUGGACCUGGUGUGAAGAACGAGAUCUUUGGAUCCAUGCCUCGUAUUUACCUUCAAAAGAAAAUAAAGAGGCAGACGAGGGAUCACGACAUCUUCCCAUGGAGACAGAGUGGGAACUGGCCUCAUGGGCAUUCACUAAAAUUAAGAGACAAUUCGGACAGUUUGACAUUGACCUUUUUGCAUCACGGGCAAAUGCAAAAUGUGAAACUUACGUUUCUUGGCAUAGAGAUCCGGACUCUAUCAAAAUAGACGCAUUCACUUUGAAUUGGGAAGGUUACAAAUUUUAUGCCUUUCCUCCGUUCUCCAUCAUUUUACAAGUUUUGCAAAAGAUUCAAGUUGACGGCGCGGAAGGGGUUGUAGUAGUGCCUGAAUGGCCGACACAACCUUGGUAUCCGCUCUUCUUGUCUCUAGCAAUAUCAGAACCUAUUAAAUUUAAACCUAGUGUUAAUCUGUUGUCUUCUCCUCACAGGCGGAUUCAUCCUCUACAUCAAACGCUUUCCUUGACAGCCGCUCGAUUGUCCGGAGUGCUUUUCAAAUGA